AUGGAGAGCUACGGCCGGAAGCGCGCGUGGAAGAAGGGCCCGACGCGGGGGAAGGGCGGCCCGCAGAACGCGGCGUGCGAGUACCGUGGCGUGCGCCAGCGGACGUGGGGCAAGUGGGUGGCUGAGAUCCGCGAGCCCAACAAGCGCACCCGCCUCUGGCUCGGCUCCUUCGCCACCGCCGAGGAGGCCGCGCUCGCCUACGACGAGGCCGCGCGCAGGCUCUACGGGCCCGACGCCUUCCUCAACCUGCCGCACCUCCGCGCCUCCGUCUCCGCCGCCGCCUCCGCCGCGCACCAGAGGCUCAGGUGGCUCCCAGCCUCCGCCAGGGGCGCCGCGGCAGCCGCCGUCCCGGCCUACGGACUGCUCAACCUCAACGCGCAGCACAACGUGCAUGUCAUCCACCAGAGGCUGCAGGAGCUCAAGAAUAACGGCUCGCCCGCCAAGCCGCCGCUGCCGGCGCCUGCCCACCAGCUCGCCCCGUCAGAUCAUCUCCCGGCGGCGGCCUCCACGUCUCCCUGCUCCACCGUCACCACCCACGCGCCUGCGGCUCUGCCGCCGCCCAUGUCCUGCUUCCACGCCUUGGAGCAGGCGGUGGCCACGGCCUCCAUGACGACGGUCGACGACGCCGAGCCGUGCGAGGGCGGCGCCUGCGGCCCGCCCGGCGUGGACAAGCCCCAGCUUGACCUCAGGGAGUUCUUGCAGCAGAUCGGCGUGCUCAAGACCGACGACGACGGCAUCACGGCCACUGCUAAAGCCAGCUUUCACGGUGACGCCGCCGACGCUGGCUGCUUCGGCGGCAACGGCAAGUUCGACUGGGACGCGCUGGCAGCGGACCUCAACGACAUCGCGGGAGCCCACGGCGGCGCCGUCGGCGUCAACGGAGGGUUUCAGAUGGACGAUCUGCAUGAGAUCGACCAGUUCGGAACCUGCCUGCCCAUCCCUGUCUGGGACAUCUAG